UAUAUAUAUGAAUUGGGGAAUUUCGUUAAAAGAACAAAUGUGCAAGAUGGUGGCAUUGGCAAUGGCGUUGCCUGGUUGAUAAUUAUACUAUGUGACAAUACAAGCUGGCGAUUCACAUUACUAUUCCUCUUGGUUUCUCCCCACCUAAACAACCAUCCAAACACAACACUUCCCUAUGUCCAGUAUAAUUUUUUAGCUAUUUUUUUUUAUAACAUUAGAACGUGUUAAUUAUGUGUAUUUGUUAUCCAGACUGUAUAUACAUAGAAACAAUAAAAUUCAAAGAAAGAGAGGGUGAGGUGAGGUGAGGGUUUCCUAGACGGAGUUAGAGAGAUGGAGUCCUUGGUCAUGGUGGUGUGUUGUUUUCUGUGGUUGAUGGGUUUUGCCGGCGCUAAGUACGUGAAAUACGAGACAGGAGCUGGUGUGGUGGAAGGUAAGUUGAAUGUUCAUCUGGUGCCACAUUCACAUGAUGAUGUUGGAUGGUUGAAGACUGUUGAUGAGUACUAUGUUGGAUCCAAGCAAAGUAUUCAGGUUGCUUGUGUUGAGAAUGUGUUGGAUUCAGUUGUGGAGGCCUUGCUUCGUGAUCGUAAUAGGAAAUUUGUGUUUGCGGAGAUGGCUUUUUUCCAGAGAUGGUGGGGAGAACAAAGCCCGGAAAGACAGGAGCAAGUUAAAAAACUUGUACAAGAUGGCCGACUGGAAUUCGUAAAUGGUGGUUGGUGUAUGCAUGACGAAGCAACAUGUCAUUACAUAGACAUGAUUGAUCAAACAACCCUAGGUCACCGCAUGAUCAAGGAGCAGUUUAAGACAGUUCCUCGUGCUGGAUGGCAGAUUGAUCCAUUUGGACACUCUGCUGUGCAAGCAUACAUGCUCGGGGCUGAGCUUGGGUUUGAUUCUGUACAUUUUGCAAGAAUUGAUCACCAGGACAGAAAACAGCGCAAAGUGGAUAAAUCCCUGGAAGUUAUCUGGCGUGGUUCCAAAACUUUUGGUUCUUCAUCUCAGAUUUUUGCCAAUGCCUUUCCUAAUCAUUACGGUCCCCCAGAAGGUUUUCGUUUCGAAGUGGACACUGACUUUGAACCAGUCCAGGACGAUGAUCUUCUAUUUGAUUACAAUGUUGAAAAGCGGGUUAAAGAUUUUCGUAAAGCUGCUAAGUCUCAAGCAAAGCUGACGCGGACAAACCAUAUUAUGUGGACCAUGGGUGGUGACUUCGAGUACCAAUAUGCUGAGUCUUGGUUCAAGCAAAUGGACAAGUUGAUUCACCAUGUUAAUAAUGAUUCUCGAGUGAAUGCCUUAUAUUCUACACCAUCUAUCUAUACUGUUGCGAAAAAUGCAGCAAAAGAAUCAUGGCCACUGAAAACUGAUGAUUACUUCCCGUAUGCAGAGAUGGAAAAUGAUUAUUGGACUGGUUUUUUUACUAGUCGCCCAGCUUUUAAGCGAUACGUUAGGAUGCUGAGUGGAUAUUAUUUGGCAACACGGCAACUGGAAUUCCUGGCUGGAAGGAGAUCUACUGGUCAUAAUACUUUCCCGCUUGGAGAUGCUUUAGGAAUUGCACAGCACCAUGAUGCUAUUUCUGGCACUGCAAAACAACUAACUACAAAUGACUAUACGAAACGCCUAGCUAUUGGUGCCUCUGAGGCUGAAGUUGUUUCAAGUUCUGCUCUCUCAUGCUUAGUUAAUAAAAAGACGAGAGGACAAUGUGUAGAACCGGAGAUAAAAUUUCGCCAGUGCUUGUUACUGAAUAUCAGUUACUGUCCACCAACAGAGGAAGAUAUUCCAGAAGGAAAGAGUUUGGUUGCUGUGCUAUAUAACCCACUUGGAUGGAAACGUAAAGAUACCGUUAGGAUACCAGUGACUGAAAAAAAUCUUAUUGUCCAUGAUAUCUUGGGCAAUACCAUUGAGACACAAUAUUUAGAUAUGGAUGAAGUUACAAGAAACUUGAGAAACUUAUAUUUGAAGGCUUACUUGGGGCUGACGGCAAAGCAAACUCCUAAGCACUGGCUUCUAUUCCAAGUAUCUGUUCCACCACUGGGCUGGACCACUUACUUCAUUUCUAAGCAUUCUGAGAAUGAAAAUGUAAGAAAAGGUUAUUUGUCAAGGAAAUCCACUCUACCAAAUGAUACCUUUGAAAUUAGGCCCGGAAAUUCGAAAAUAGCCACCUUUGAAAUUGGGCGUGGAAAUUUGAAAAUGUCCUUUUCUUCAAGCACUGGACUAUUGAAACGGAUGCAUAAUUCAAGAACUGGGGUUGAUAUGACUGUUGAUCAAAGCUAUCUUUGGUAUGGUUCUUCGUCUUCUGGUGCAUAUGUUUUCCGACCUGAUGGAUCUCCUCAUCCUGUUUCAGCAUCAAAAUGGAAGCGCUUUCAGGGACCACUAGUCGAUGAGGUUCACCAACAUUUCUCAUCCGACACACAAACAUACCAAAAAAAAGACGUUCACCAACACUUCAAUACAUGGAUACACCAGGUCAUAAGACUUUACAGAGACAAGGAGCAUGCUGAAGUUGAAUAUACUAUUGGACCGAUUUCUACUGAAAAUGGCAUCGGGAAAGAGGUCAUCACACGAAUAAAUGCAAGCAUGGCCACUGACAAGGUGUUUUAUACUGAUUCUAACGGAAGGGACUUUCUAAAGCGGGUUCGAGAUAGUAGAACAGACUGGCGCCUUGAGGUUGACGAUCAUGUUGCUGGAAAUUAUUACCCGCUUAACCUUGGAAUUUUUAUAAAAGAUGACAAAUAUGAAUUAUCGUUCUUGGUCGAUCGUGCCAGUGGAGGAGCCAGUAUAGAAAAUGGAGCAAUAGAAGUGAUGCUUCAUAGGCGUACAACUCAGGAUGACUCGAAAGGAGUGGCUGAAGCUCUUGAAGAAAAUGUUUGUGUUGGAAAUACUUGUGAAGGAAUAAGGAUUCGAGGUAAUUAUUACUUGAACAUCAACAAACUAGGGGAUGGUGCACGGUGGCGCCGAACAACUGGCCAAGAAGUUUACUCACCUCUCCUUUUAGCUUUCACACAUGAGAAUUCAGAGAACUGGAAAGUGUCUCAUUUGACCAAAACAACCACUAUGGAUCCGGACUACAGGUUGCCACUUAAUGUUGCUUUGAUUACUCUUCAGGAGUUAGAAGAUGGAAUUGUGAUCCUCCGUUUGGCACAUUUAUAUGAGGCACAUGAAGAUGAUCAGUAUUCGAAACUGGCCAGAGUCAUACUGAAGAAGAUGUUCGCUAGAAAAAGGAUUAAGAAGCUGACGGAAACAAGCUUAUCAACAAACCAAGAGAAGUCAGAGAUGAAGAAACUGGAAUGGAAAGUUGUUGGGGACAAUGGAAAUGAUCCCUCUCCGGUUAGAGGCGGCCCUGUCAAUGAUUCGACUCUUGUUGUUGAGCUUGGUCCCAUGGAGAUCCGCACAUUCGUGCUAGAGUUUGAUUAUGCCAAGCAAUAAAUGGCAUCUUAGUAAUUUUGAUUAAUGAAGAAAUUUUGAUCUUGCUACUUGCUAGUAUUGCCACGACAAAGCUUGCUAUAAAUUGGAACAAAUUAAGUUUAAAAUUGAUGCGCUCGCUCUCUCUCUACAAA